UAUAAAAAAAAAUAAAAAUAAAAAGUGACGCUUUUCAGCAUAUUUUUUCCCUUUUCUUUUAGUUAAACGCAUAUUUACAUACUUCAAUGUCAAUUGCCUUGUUACGCAUUCCACGACGUCUGGUUAAACCAAGUGCCUGUUUAUUUCAUUCUACUACGCAUGUUCGAUCAGAGCAACAACGACCUAAAGAAUAUGAAUUACGAGUAGGUUACGCCAUUGCUACACUGCAGGAUGAUUUACCAUUGUUCUUUGCUAACGGACUGACGGAACCCGAAAUCUAUUCAACAGAUAUUGUACUAUCUGACCCACAUUAUACCAAAUUAUCCAUCCACAGUCGAACGGCGUAUUUAACGAUAUCCCAAAUGUUAAAAUGGAGCACGAAUUUAUACUAUGAUGAUAUUCAAGUACAAGUGACAAAGAUGCGAGUAUUGGGAGAUGAUGAACCUGAUGAGGAUUUACAUGAUGAUGAUGACGAUGAUGAUAGUAUGCCCAUGUCAUCGAUACAAGAGACAGAGAGUGAUAUGAAGGAAAGAGGUAUUGUGAAGCGAUUACAAGUGAAUUGGAAAAUGCAAGGGAUUAAACAUCCGAGUCCGUUGUUACUUCAACCUGUGGAAAGAGUGCGACAUAUUGAAGGUGUAUUUAUCUAUAAAUUUGAUCAUUUGGGUUUCAUUCGUGAACAUCGUAUUCAAAGAAUUGUACCUCCACCCAGUCGACGUGUCUUGUUAUUACAUUCUUUAAGUGUUCGAUUACGUGCCUUGUUCUGGGAGAAACGAUCGCCCGUGUUAAAUCCUGGGUUCUAA